AUGUCCGGCGCUGCGGCGUCUGCGUCUGUGUCCUCGGGGGGCGCGGAGAACGGCACCUUCCUCGAGCUGUUCCCCACCUCCCUGUCCACCUCGGUGGACCCGGCCCCCGGCCGCCUGUCCAGCGUCUACGUCUACGUGUCCAUGUUCCUCAGCCUUUUGGCCUUCCUGCUCCUGCUGCUGAUCGUGGCCCUCCAGCGGCUCAAAAACCUCAUCGCCUCCGGCCCCUCGCGGCCCGAGGGCCCCGGCGACGACGCGGGCAGCUCCCUCACCAACCUGGAAGUCUGCAGCAUCUCCUCGCAGAGGUCCACGUUCUCCGACCUCUCCUCGUGAUGGGCGCGGCGCCCCCCACCCCCCUCCCCGGGCCUGCUGCCGCAGCAGCUGCGGGGGGUCCCUGAUGGGGGGUGUGGCCUCGGGAGAGAAGGGACCCUGUUGUUUUUGCCAGCCAGUCAGGCCUGUUUCUGCUCCUUCCCGCCCCCACUCCUCUCCCUGUUCAGGAUCCCUGACCUUUGCGAGCGGAGACCCCGAGGCUGACACGCAGGCGCAAACCGCUGAGCGGUAGAAUCGCACGCAAAGCGCCCGAUGGAGCCGGAGCGCGCUUCUGGGAGGUCAAGUUCAUUCCGCUCCGCUGGACACGUGACGCAGAGGUCCCCCGAGGGGCCUCGCAGUGGGUGCUGGGUGCGAAACCUGCCUUCCAUUCUCGUACAAAACUGGGAAGCCCGCCCAGCCGGCAGAAACGGACACAGUGCAGCCCGAGUUAAUGACAAGACAUUUUCCAUAUGUAAAAGGUAAAGGGGCAACACCAAAUUUUUUUUUAAAUCAAUGUAGAUUUAACGUGUCACAUUUCUAAAACUGGAGGCAAAACUCCGCUAAAUGUUUUCUUUAAUGUCACUGUGGCAGAGGAGAGUGGCAUUUACUGGCGGAUGACGAGGUACUGGGGAAGGUUUCCGAGGAGUUCCACUCUCCGCAGCCAGGCGGCGGCGGUCUCUGUUUGGGUGCAGUUCGUACCGCACGACCGUUCCCUUCCCUCGCGGUCGGUCUUUCCCUCCUCCCACGGCCCCCGCGCCGCACAGCGCACAGCGGCGGGGCUCUCCCUGACACCGCUCUCACUACCGCUGAGACGGGCUCCAGGAGCGACACCAGGAAGCUGUGAUUUUAUACCCAGGCCGCUGGUCAGCAGGAACUCAGCCCGUGGACGAUGGUCCCUUGGCUGUGUUUUUACCCAGUGAUAACGCCCAGCACUCAUGGAGGUCCCUUCGUCCAGCCUCCUAGUCUGUGCUGUUUUAGUGCAGAGUCGCGUGAAGGCUCGGAGGCGCCCGAUGCUGGUUCAGUCUCAUCAGGUGGCAAAACUCAGCCACGACUUGGCCAGCGUGCGUGGCGUUAGAGACGCUCCACGACUGUCGCGUGUCUCCGGCGACCCAUUGUACGCUAGCGCCGUGCUCUGCUGGAGGA